AUGAGCUCGCUCGUGGACCUCCCCGAGCAUGUUGCGCUGCGAGUCCUGUCUCGCCUUGACUCGCGCGACUUACGUUCGCUCGGCGCGAGCUGCCGUGCGUUCCGCGAGCGCAUGCACCACGACGGGUUAAGCUUGGUGGAGGCGGGCGCAGCCGAGGCGGUCGCGGCGCGCUACCCGUGGCUGGGAUCCCCACGGGAGAACGAGACCUGGCUUUCACUUCUACGCUUCGCCGAACACGCCGAGCUCGCGGGCCUGCCCUCGAUGACGGCGGCGCAGGACACCACCGUCAUCGUGGACGCGCGAGGGGCGGUGCAUGUGUGGGGGCCCGUCGUCGACGGGGAGUCGAGCGCGCCGACAGAGCGCGACGGGGAGGCCCCGACCGAACUGACGAAAUUGGGAGAACUGUGGCCCGUCUGCACUGGACGCGCGCUCACCGCGGCGGCGGGACGGUGCUUCAACGUCGCCGCCGGGGUCGGGUCGUCACCCCUGACCGUGCUGAGGAACAAGGACGGCAUCGACAUGGAAAUAGGGUGGUAUAACCGCAGCGCGGACGCGGAUUCCCCGGCAUCCGCUUCCGGUCGACCGCCGCUGAGUCGCACGUCAUCGUCGGAACGGUUCGACACCCCGGGUCUCGUGCGACUGAUGACCCCUCCCAGGCGCGGCGCGUUCGGGGGCCAGCGCGUGGUUUCAGUCGCGGUUGGGACGCUUCACGCCAUCGCGGCGACAGAGAGCGGCAGGGUGUACACGUGGGGCGGGGACGCCAAGGGGCAGCUCGGUCACGGAUCUAUCCGUGACAGCGUCGCGCUGUCCAGGCUGUCGCUCGGUGGGUCCCCGGGAGGUAGCGGGGGUACCCCGGGCAGGGCCAGGAGGGACAGGCGUCGCAGCGAGAGUCCGCGGGGAGGGGGUUCGCCGAGGUCAAACUCGCCGGCAAUCGGCGCAGCAGCCGCCGCGGAUGAGCGGGAGCAGUGGUCCAGACCGAGGGAGGUGAGCGAGCUGUUUGGUCACAAGGUGGUCGGCGUGGCCGCGUCAGGGGACACGUCCGCCGCGUUCACCGCGAGCGGCUCGAUGUACACCUGGGGAUGCGGCAGGUUUGGUAAGUUGGGGCUGGGUGACAACAUGAACCGCGACGUGCCCACGAGGGUCGCGCUCGUGCCGAUUCAUCAAUCUCCGAGUACACUGGGAUCCGUUUCGGUUCCGAGCACGCCUCAUUCUCGAUCGGUCUCCCCGUUCGUGUUCCCCGGCGCGAUGAGCGACACCGAAGACGAGGACGACGGCGACGGCUCGGACGGUUCAUCCGACGCGAGCGGCCAAUGUAACGCCAAUGUAACGCCAAUGUCCGAUCCAAACUACGGAAAGGUCGUCGGGGUUUGGUUCGGCGCCGCGCACGGGUUGGCGAUCACCGCGCGGGGAGACCUCUGGUCGUGGGGAGACGACAGCCACGAUCAGCUCGGUCGAUUCAGGGAAGGAGACGAGAGGACGUGGAGGCAGCGCGCGUGCCAUCCAGGCAGGGUGCAGGUUGACUGGCACCUUUUGGACGCGUCGGUCGUGGUGGACGGAUACUUCGACGGUCCCUUGAACGAUCCCCCCGAUAUUAGGUUCGUGUCGGCAGCCGGAGGAGAGCGCCACUCCGUGGCGUGCGACUCAGAGGGGCGCGUGUGGAUCGCGGGCGUCGGUGACGGCGCGGGUGAUCCGCGCAUGCUGUAUCAAAACGACGACGACGAUCCGACGUUGCACAGGGAGGGCAUGUCCCUGAUGCGAACCAGAAUGAUGUGGGAAUCGAUUGACCCGCGACUGAGACCCUCCGAUGACGAAAAAUAUCCCAGAGUUGUCUCGGUCGCCGCGGGCAACAAUCACACCGUGCUGAUGACCGAUUGCGGCGAUAUCUGGUCAUGGGGUGAUCCAACGUAUGGUCAGCUCGGUCCCGUGCCGGUGGCAAAAAUCGGACCCGAUGACGACCCUAUCCAGGUUGACCUCUUGGAUGAGAUCGGGGUCACGAUACCACUCGCUCCCCUCGCCCGCGCGUGCUUUGACAGGCCAUUCGACCCAAACUGCCGAGAGUCUGCAUCGUGUUGGAACUUCAAACGAGACUUACGUUCCUAG